CACUUGUUAGAUUGUUUUAGUAUCUUUAAACUGUUGGUACAAUCUGGAUCAGAUCUGAUGUCAACUAACAAUGGAAUUAAAUUAUUUCAUGAAAUUCUCAAGUGUAAGAGGUUAGAUGUUUUCUAUUAUUAUAUUGGAUUCCAGUUGAUUAUAUGUGGUGCUACAUCUGUAGGAGAAACAAUGCUACAUCUACUGGCUCGAGUAAAUUUUGAUUAUUCGUCAAAAGCAUUUAAAUGGUUGUUUAGUAAAGAACUGGAUAUAAACCAUCGGUGCGCGAAAACCAAUACACCUUUAAUGAUAGCUGCAAUUUUAUUAAACAGUAAAUAUUUAGAACUGUUAACACCCCUUCCUAAAAUACAGAUAAAUGCACAGAAUAACAAAGGCCAUACAGCCCUCCACCUCUGUGUCAUUGGAUUUACAAUGUUGAAAGAUGGUUUGAAUAAGAGACAGUUAAAUGAUGAUGUUAAUAUAUAUUGCAAACAGAGAUAUCCAAUAUACAUGAAGUGUGUUGAUAUUUUACUUGCUGCUGGUAUAGAUGUAAAUUUACAAGAUAAAUGGGGAAGAACUGUUUUGAUGUUUGCAGCUAUGAAAAACGACAGAGUUCUGGUAAAGAAAUUACUUAAGGCUGGCGCAAUGGUUAACGUUUUCGAUAAUUUAGGAAGAUCAGCUCUGCAGUAUCUUGAUUUUGAUAAAAGUGUAUUUGAUCUGACAUGCUUUAAACUAAUUAUGUCUAAUGGGGAUCACAAAAUUCUGGAUUUGCCGUGCAUCAACGGUAACACAAUUAUUCAAACAGCUGUAUGUUUUCCAUUAUUCUGGGAACCAAUGAUGGUUGUUAGUUUUAUUCGAUAUUUGGUUGCUCAAAAUUGUUGUCUCCAGACUCUUGUUACGUCCUCGGUUGAAAGUAGCUUGAAGCUUAUUAGUCUGGAUGAACUUAACCACCAAGUAAGAGAUGACAUAAGUCAGUUGUUAUAUCUUAGUGGGGCUCAUAGGAAAGAAAUUGUGACAACUCUAAAUUUUGAUGUGGAAGAUACGCAAGAAGAUCAAGAUGAAUCACUUUACUCGCACCACAAAAAAACUUUUAAUUUAUUUUGUAAUAAUGUAUCUCUCAAAUCUAUAUGUGGGAGAGUCAUCAGACAGACGAUUGGAUUGAUAAUACACCAAGCGCAUAAGAAUCUAGAACUACCUCUCGAACUAAACGAAUUUCUACUUUUAAAAGACGUUCUUCAUUCUAAAUAUUACGACCUGUAUUUAUUUGAUGGUGGCUACGAUGAAUAUGACGACGUUGAUGAUUUUGAUUCAUAUGAUAUAGAUAAAGACAAAGAUGAUGAUUAUAGUGAAUAUAGUUACCAGUAUUUUGCUCUCGAUAAUAAUUAUGCACUGAAAGAGAAAUGCAAGAAACUAAAGAAAUUUCCUAACGACCAAAGUCUGCUACCUUGGAAAUUGCGGAAUAUGUGAUUUGUUUUACGGAAGUGUAAGUUCUAUUUUGUAAAAACGUGGUUGCUGCAGGUGGGAUUAUAAGGGUGCCUCGCAAGUCCCCAUCUAUGAUUGUCCAAUCACAGAUUUCUUUCUUAAAUACCAAUGGGGAAAUGAUUAAACUGUACAUCUAUAAUUAAAACAGCGUUUUAUUUUAUGAGAUGCCGGAGAUAUGAGUAAGGAAUAAGUAAACAAUCUUGAAAAAUAUAUCUGAAUGGCGCUUAUAGUAAUUUGGAAAUCAGCAGGUCAGUGACCUACAUGAUCUAUUAAGAUUGAUUACGUGAGA